AUGACGACAGGCGAAGCUCCCAUCAGUCCUGCAACGAGUACUGAGUUCACCGACUUUCCGGCGAACGAGUUCUCUGACGAUUUCCCCGGCAAAUCUGCUUCAGCUGCUCCAGUGGAUGAGACUCCACUAUCUGAAAGAUUGAGGUUAGAGGCGAAUGAACUGUACAAACAAGGACAAUAUGGAGGAGCUGCCGAACUGUAUUCUAGAGCUAUAGAAUUUGACCCAACAAAUGCCAUGUUGUACGGAAAUCGAGCGGCAGCAUUAACAAUGCUCAAACAAUGGGACGAUGCAAUCAAGGACUGCAGAGAAGCCAGCACAUUAGAUCCAGAAUUUGUCAAGGCUUACAUCCGCGCCAGCAAAUGUUUCCUGAAUGUCGGCAACGUCAAUGAAGCAUCGCAUCAAUUAGAGCUCGCCAAGUCAGUCAUUGCCAAAAAUCCAUUGUUGAGAGAGAAUUCAGUCACCAUCAACCGAGAUGUAAAAGUUAUAGAACAGGUUCGAGAGCUAUUCGCCAAUUUUGAAAAGAUGAGGGCUGCCAAGGAUUAUAAAGGUGCUUUGGCACAACUUGAGACAGCGAUUUUGGCUACUGAUCCUACUAUAAAGCUGUCGCCGCUAAGUGCCCAGAGUGCGUCUCAAUCGUCAAGGCUCGUUGGGGCUGAUUUGUCAGGGAUUCCUCUAGCUUGGAGAUUAUUACGGGCUGAUAUUCUGGUAGAUUGUAGAGAGCUUGAAGAAGCAGGACGCAUUAUUGCUGCCAUAACAACAGCUGAACCUAGAAGCUCUGAAGCGAUCACAAUAAGAGCCCGACUAUUAUUUCUUUUAGACAACCAUCAAAGCAGUAUAAUAAUCCAGCUACUGCAACAAGCCCUUUCAUACGAUCCUGAUAACAGGCAUGCACGAGCACUUUUAAAGCAAGUUAAAGCUCUGGAGCAAUUAAAGAAGGAAGGAAACGAUGCCUUCCAACAAGGAAAAUCAGAGGAAGCUGCUGCUGCAUAUACGAAAUGGCUAGAUCAGGAUUCAGAUUCUGGUGUUGGUAGAGCUAAAGUAUUGUCUAAUCGAGCCACGACACUCAGUAAACUUGGUAGACAUGCUAAAGCAGUAGACGACGUGACCAAGUCACUCGAAUUACUUGAAUCGUACUCAUUUCCUGGGUCAUCUGAAGUGGAGACGUCAGCAGCAGAUCUAGCCAAUUCAUCACAUUCCUCCCUAUUUUUAAAACUGUACCUACGUCGAGCCGAUAGUUAUUGUAAGUUAGAAAAGUACGAAGAGGCAUUAAGGGACUAUACUGUAGCCGAUGGCAUUAAACCUAAUGAUGGAGAAAUUCUGAAUGCUAUAAGAUCUGUACAGCACACUAUGAAGGCUGCCAAACGGAAGGACUAUUACAAGAUCUUGGGUCUGGAACGUGGUUGCUCUGAUUCAGAAAUAAAGAAGGCAUACCGUACCAUGGCACUCAAGUAUCACCCAGAUAAACAAGCCAAUCUGACAGACGCUGAAAAGGAGGAAGCUGAUACCAAGUUUAAAUUGAUUUCUGAAGCCAACUCUGUACUGUCUGAUCCAAAGAAGAAGGAUUUGUACGAUCAAGGAGUAGAUAUUGAUGGAUCUAGUGCGAGUGAUGGUCAAUCUGGGAUGGGAGGAUUUGGUGGUGGAGGCGGAUUUGAGCAGGAUAUUCUGCGUGCAUUCAUGCAGCAGCAGCAAGGUGGUGGUGGUGGAUUUCACAGCCAAUUCGGAGGAGCUCAGUUUGGAGGAGGAGGUCAGAGUGAUCCAUUCGGCGGGUUUGGCGGUUUCAGUCAGGGUAUGCCUCGACCUAGUUCUGGUCCUUCACGUGGUCCAAGGCCUCAGUUCCCACCACGACCAAGGCGUAUAGCUGCGUCGAACAUGCUUAAAGCGCCACCACGAAAUCAUCCAGAGAUUGCCAAUUCGUCUGCUGGUCGUCGAGUGCAUAUGCAAUACCGAUUCAUGGCAUCAUCCACUCCCUCCACACCCGCUGCCCCAUCCCAAAAGCAAGCUGAAGUGCUUCAUCGCAAGAUGCAAAGUGCUCGAUUGCUAGUGCUGAAUCGACCUGAGGCAUUGAAUGCACUGAACCUGAAUAUGGUGUAUACUAUGAGCCCACAGUUAGAGGCAUGGGAGGUGUCAGACCUAUGUAAACUGGUGAUUCUCACGGCUGUUGAAGGAAAGGCAUUUUGUGCUGGUGGUGAUGUCAAGGGUAUCGUCUUGCAAGCACAGAAAGGAACACCGGAAGACUUGGCUCAAGCGCUCAAGUUCUUUGAAGAAGAAUACAAACUCAAUUAUCUCAUUGGGACGUUCAAAAAGCCGAUAGUCGCUGUUAUGAAUGGAAUUACAAUGGGAGGUGGAGUAGGAUUGUCUGUACACGCUCCAUUUAGGAUUGCCACAGAAAACACACUAUUCGCCAUGCCAGAAACUGGUAUUGGUUUAUUCCCUGACGUUGGUGGUAGUUUCUUCCUGCCACGUCUAGAUGGUGAAUUGGGUGUAUACCUGGGACUGACUGGUGCUAGAUUGAAGGGAGAAGAAGUCUUUAUGGCUGGUGUGGCAACUCACUUUGUCCCUGCAGUGAGACUACCGUCUUUGAUGACGCGAUUAUCAGAACUUGAGACGAGUGAUUAUUCGGUAGUUAAUCUUGCCAUUGAAGAGUUUGCAGGCGACGCACCAUCAUUAGAGAAAUGGAAGAGUUGGAGUAUGGGAGGCUCCAUUCGAGAAAACAUUGACAGGUGCUUCCGAUUUGACAGCGUCGAGCAAAUUAUUGAAGAAUUAGAGAUGGUAAUUGCCACAGCUUCAAAUCAACAAGCCAAAGUUAAGGAAUGGGCUGAAAAGACUGUGAGCACCAUCAAGACCAUGUCUCCUACGAGUUGUAAGGUCACGCUAUCACAAUUACGGCGAGGAAGAAAGCUGGACUUCGCUCAAUGUUUCCAGAUGGAGUACAAUCUUUGCAGAGCAUUUUUGACCACUCCGGACUUUUAUGAAGGUGUGACCACAAAACUAAUAACAAAAACCAACAAACCAAAUUGGAGUCCAUCAUGGAAAGAGUUAUCCAAGUUGAAUGAAUCAUCAAUAACGAAAAAAUACUUCCCUACAAGAGAAACAGGAGCUGAGGAAUUAGCACUAGCUAAACGAACUACUUUUUAUGAAUACCCAUCAAAGACAAUGUCAGGUUUACCGACAGAUGAUGAUGUGGAACGUGUUGUAAGAGGUCGAGGUCAGCGAAGCAGGUCAAUCUCCCCUCCAACGACAAAGAAGGAAGUCCUGGAUUUCUUUGUUUCGUCGUGGGGACAUUAUGAUGCUGCUCUGGAAGGUAAAACUUCUGGCAAUCUACCAUUAGUUGUCGAUAUUUCUGGUGGAUUCGGUAGAGGCAAAAUAGGGUUGAAGGAGAAGGUGACUGAAAUCCUUGAGAGGAGAACUGACGAAUCAGAGAAGAAAGCAGGCCUAUUGUGGAAGGCAUUUUUCUAG